AUGGCGGUGGAGCAAGUGGAUGCUACACAGAAAUGCUCCCAGUACCAAAAUGGAUUAUAUCUAAAAGACAAGAACAAAAAACAAACAAACAAACAAAAAACCACACACCAUCUUGAAUUAUCAAAUGAAGACUCUUGUGGAGAAAACCAUGAUAACCAAGGCCAGAAACAAUGUGGGAAGCUGCAGUUGGCUAAGGAUCUGGAAUGGCUUUACUUUGAAAUAUUUGAUAGUCUUGCAGUGAAGACACCGGAAGAGUGCCUGGAAUGGUCUGAGAUUCUGUCCAACUGCACAUCUGAGGAUGAAGUCGAAAGGCAGAGAAAUCAGCUUUCAGUGGACACUCUACAAUUUCUGCUCUUCUUAUACAUACAACAGGUAAAUAAAGUCUCCCUGAGAACAUCUUUGAUUGGAGAAGAGUGGCCUAGUCCCAGAAACAGAUCUCAAUCUCCUGACCUGACUGAAAAAUCCAGUUGUCAUAAUAAGAACUGGAAUGAUUACAGUCACCAAACAUUUGUCUAUGAUCAUCUGUCAGAUCUCCUUGAGCUGCUUUUAGAUCCAGAACAACUCACUGCAUCAUCUCAUUCGACUAAUAGUAGUCUGGUCUCUAGAGAAGCUGUGGUGGCACUCACCUUUCUUAUUGAAGGUGCAGUGAGGAGAACCAGGAAGAUAUACCCACUUCAUGAGCUUGCACUGUGGCAACCACUACAUGCAGAAAGUGGCUUCUCAAAAAUCUCUAAGACCUUUUCUUUCUACAAGCUGGAAGCCUGGUUGAGAGCCUGUUUGACUGGGAAUCCAUUUGGUACCUCUGCUUGCCUCAAGUCUGGAAAGAAAUUGGCUUGGGCUCCAAGGUCUGUGACAAUUGAGAAAUGCAGAAAUAGUACCUUUAUCCUCGGCCCUGUACAGACUGCUCUUCACCUCCAAAGCUGUGACAACAUUAAAGUCAUUGCUGUCUGUCAUCGUUUGUCCAUCUCUUCUACAACAGGCUGCAUCUUUCACAUUUUGACACCUACACGCCCACUUAUUCUCUCUGGGAAUCACACAGUAACUUUUUCCCCUUUUCAUACCCAUUAUCCAAUGCUGGAGGAUCAUAUGGCCAAAACUGGCCUUGCUACGGUGCCUAACUAUUGGGAUAAUCCAAUGAUUGUGUGCAGAGAGAGCAGAGACACAAGUGUCUUCCGACUCUUACCACCUUGUGAAUUCUAUGUAUUUAUUAUUCCCUUUGAAAUGGAAGGGGACACGACAGAGAUACCUGGGGGUCUUCCAUCUUCAUAUCAGAAAGCACUGGGUCAUAGAGAACAGAAAAUACACAUCUGGCAGAAAACUGUGAAGGAGGCUCGUUUGACAAAGGAUCAAAGGAAGCAGUUCCAGGUGCUUGUGGAGAAUAAGUUUUAUGAGUGGUUGAUUAAUACAGGACAUCUCCAACAGCUGGACAGCCUUGUGCCCCCUGCAGCAGGUUCCAAACAAGCAGCAGGAUAAGACUCCUACAUCAAAACACAGGGCCCUGAAAACAUGAAUGGAAACUAUUCAUUGGGAAGGUGCUCUUGCUACU